CGUAUUUGAUCCCUCUUCCUCUUCUUCUCUAUCAGCACAGCCGCCUAUGCGUGCGUGUGUGUGUGUUUGAGUGCGUUCUCUGCUUUCGUUUUUUAAUUCUUUGUUUAUAUUUACGAAUAGUUUGUUUGGGAGGCCCCGUUUUAUUGUUGUUACCCGAUGGCGGAUGCUCUUCCCCGUUUUGAUUUAUCGCCCAGCCGUAAAAAUAGUGCCCGAUUCUGAUACUGAUUCAGAUUCUGAUUCCGAGAUUCCCAAAAGCUCUCGCCGUCUGCUCCACCACACACACCGUCGUUAAUCAAAGUGCCUUAAUUUUUACGACCAACAGCUAGCCGUCAAUCCCUUUCGGAAAAUUGCGAAAAUAUUGUAAAGAGGUGCAUCUUUAGGGUUCGCUAAUUGCGCGAAAUGGUCGAGGAAAUAUGUAUGUGUCUCCCAACGUCGAAAUAUUACUGGUGUUCCAUUGAGUUCUCUUCUGUACAGAAACUUUUAUAUAAUUAGUUUUGUAUAAUAUCAGUUAAAUCUUGAUUUAGGACCAUAAGAACAGCUAUAUUUACUUGUUUUCUCAUUGCACAUAAAUGAUGAUCGAGAUGCAUUAUCAUUAUCUCUGAUGAUUUUCCCAUUAGUCGUUAUGACAUCUUAAAAUAUCAAUUGGUAUUUCAAUGUAUUUUUAACGAAAUCGGUAUGAAGAUGCUUAAUAGGAUGCUUAAUCAUAGUCCACCAAUUCAUAACUAUUCUUCACUACGGAAAUGCUGUAUAUUGCACCUGCACCACAGUGAUGGCUUGAUUGCCCCGUCCAUAAUUUUGACGUAAAUGGCCUUAUUUAGAACCGCGGGCACUUUGCUGGCAUAAAUAGCUGAGCCACAAUAUUUGUUUUCCAUAGAUUCGCUUUUCCACUGGCUUUUCCGCUCGUUUGCUCUCUGGCUCUUGGGAGAUUUUCCCUCAGAACAGACUUCCACCAGUUGAAUUUUGGCGCCCGCAUAGAUCGGUUGUGUGCAGUCGGGAAAAUCUUUCGUUUGAUCUUGUGGAAAAUGUGCCGUGCAAAGGCGUGGGUCUAUUUUUAGACAACUUGCUGAUUUCCACACUCGCUGUGCUCUAAAUCAGAUUGGAAAUCGAUAACUGUCCAAUUAAUUGCACACCGUCGGUCUUUAAGGCCUUUUGACCAGAAGGGAGAUAUCCGGAGUCCGUGGAAUCGGUUAUGCAAUCCACGAGCUAUUGAAAUGGCCAGCAAGUUUCAGAGGAAACCAUCUCCCGGUGGAGCAGGGGUCAUGGGAGGGGCAUCGAGUGUUUCCUCUACGCCGAGCAACCAGCCGCGCAAACGGGUGAAACGCUGCUGCCGGAACUUCGUCACCUUUAUGUGCACCCAGGUGGGCGUGGGCGCCCUGAUCGUAAUCUAUGCCAUCUGUGGGGCAUUCGCCUUCAUGCACAUCGAGCGCCAGUUCGAGGACAAGACGGCUGGCCUUGUGAUGGAGCUGCGCCAGAACUGCUCCCAGCAGUUGUGGAGCAUCACGGAGGAGCACAACAUUAUCGAUCGAAGGCUCUGGACAGAGGCCACGAACGAGGUACUGAGGGAGUACCAGGCGCAAAUAGCCGGAGUCGUCAAACACGGCUAUGUGGGAAGAAGUCCAGAGCAGAUCUGGAGCUUUCCGGCUGCCCUGAUGUUCUGCCUUUCGGUUAUAACCAUGAUUGGCUACGGCAACAUGGUGCCCCGAACUCCAUGGGGCAAAGGAUUCACCGUGAUCUAUGCCACUUUCGGCAUACCCCUGUACAUCCUGUACUUCCUCAACAUGGGCAGAGUGCUGGCUAGAUCGUUUAAGUUCCUCUACCGAUCCCUGCACGACUGCACCCAGGAGCACCCGCGUCUGGAUCGGAUGGACGCCCUUGAGGGUGGUGUCAGCUUGACACGCAAAAAGGUCAUUGUACCGUCAACCGCUUGUCUGUGGGUCAUAUUCUUUUACGUCCUCACCGGCACCGUGAUGUUUGCCAACUGGGAGAGGUGGAGCUUACUGAACAGUUUCUACUUCUGCAUGACCUCGCUGUGCAAGAUUGGAUUUGGCGACUUUGUGCCCGGUGCUUCGCUUACCACCACUGCGGAUGUGAAUGCGGCGACGCAAAAGUUGCAGGAAGACAUUUCAGCCGAUCCUGCCGAGCUGGCCCAGCUGCAGUCCGUGGCCGCCGAUCAGCACUCCAAAUUGGCCAUUAACUUUGUCUACAUGCUGUUGGGCAUGGGUCUGGUGGCCAUGUGUCGCAACCUGAUGCGCGAAGAGGUCCGCCUAAAGGCACGCGAGAUGCGCGAGGAUGCCAAACUUUGCAUGGAGGAUACCCGGCUGCGUUUCGUCGGCUGCUGCGGAAAUCCUAGGGAUGCGUACGAGGAUGACUACUACUAGGAUACAAAUAGAUCGUUAGGAGCGGCGAGUAAUUUACCAAGUUUUCAAAUCCGCCGUGCCUUAAUUAGAUUUAUAUAUCACUAAUCCCAACUUGUUCUAUCUUAAAGGAACAAAAGAAAAAGCAAGUGUAUUAUAAGAUUGUAGGGGUUAGAUUGUUAGGGUUAAAAACCAGUAAUGAAGUACAUUAUAGAUUUUGGAUGCCAUCAGUUAUUCUAUUUAGAAAUCUAAAAAGAUAUUGGGGUACUUCUAAUUUUGACAAUUGGGGAAUGUUUUAGAAAUUAGCGUUUGUGUGUGAGCUGUGAAAAUGAUGCUGCGAUUGGUUAAUCCCUCAUAUAUCCUGCCCAGCAAGUAAUCCCCUACGAACCCAUUCGACCCUGCAGCUCACCAUUGAUCAAUUCCUGCAACUGCAAGAGCGGAUCCGUAACUUCGAGGGCA